AUGGGAGAGAAACAAGCGGUAGAUCACACUCCCACACAAUCUCCAAAUCUCGUCACAAUUCGAUUUUUGUUUCAGUUUGUGAUGGUGGUCGCCGAAAUGCAACUCUGUCAAGUAUGCGAGAAACCUAUCUCUAGUGAAUCACAUUUUGGUAUUCAAUCUUGCAAAGCGUGUGCUGCGUUCUUCCGUAGAUAUGUCAACUCAACCAAACCUCAAAAAGAAUGCAAUUGUGGAAGGGAGAAAAAUCCAUGCAAAUAUUGCAAAUGGGAAUUAUGUGUUAAUGCUGGAAUGUUGACUUCAAAAGUUCAACACAGAAGAGACAAAAACCCACGAACAACGAGUGGGAGUUUCUUGGAAACUAGCCUCAUUCCAUUAAGAAGCAUUGAUCGUAUAGCCGACGCUCUGGGGAAUUACAAUGAAUUGGGAAGAGAAAGAAAAGUGAUUCAUGAAUCGAGUUCUACAAGCCUUGUGGACUUUUACGAGUAUACCACAAUCUCCAUGAAAGAUGCCCCAAUGUUUCGGAAACUUUUGAUGAAUACAAUACAGGAACUUGAGUAUUUGAGUGAUAUUGACAAAAAUAACCUAUUUUCCAACUUCUAUCCCAAAUGGACGCUUUUUGAGUCGGGAAUUCAAGCGUUCAAGAACUCUGAGAUUCACACUUUUUUCGCGGCUAAUGGAAAACCGGCAAAGCAAAUUUCGAAAUUCUACAGAGACUGCAUGCCAUCCAAAAAACGAAUGGACGAUAAAGAAGUUCUUCAGAUAUUUGAACCUUAUUGGAAUUCGUAUUAUGGACAUGUGGCAUAUCCCUUAUUUGAACUGAAAUUCGAUGCGAUGGAGCUGAUGGCUAUACUGAUUCUGAUGCUCCUGGAUCCGGGAUAUUCAAACAUUUCUGAAGAGUGCUCGGAGAUGUGUUACAAUAUGAGGAAUGUGAUUAGAAAACAAUUGAAAGGAUAUUAUCUAGAAAGAAACAUUCCAACAGAAAGGAUUUUCACUACAAACGAAGCAUUGUUGCUAGUGGAAAAAGCUGAUUCCUGGCUCCAAGAAGAGGUUCAAAUGUGUGGAGUUCACAGCGUGCCUGUAGAUGAAAACUUUCGACAGAUGGUCAUGACUCCAAAACUGUGA